CCGACAAGAUCGAAAAUACCGCGCUUCGCGAUCUCAAACGCGACACUCGAUCAGGUGCAAAUCAACUUCACGUGCAAGACAUUUUUUUUUCGUGUCACCCGUGCAGAAACAGCUGUGAGGACAUUCUGAGACAGUUCUCUUCCUGAGACAUUUCCCUUCCUGUGAUACUUCAGUGUGACAAUGCUGAAAAGUCUUUGGUGUGUUUGAGAGGGAUUGGUGGGUGCCAGGAACCAGGGUGAAGAGGGCGUCCAGAGUUAGGAAAGUGAAUAAGUGUAACAUGUUGAUUGGAUCAACGAUCGGGAGUGAGUUCGCGCCUCUGCCCAGUGCUCCGUGGAGCUCCAUGGAACCACCGAGAGCCCCCCUAGCUGGCGGUGGAUCACUUCCACCUCCGCCACCACCGACGCUCUCACUCUCCCCAACAGUCGGCCUGUCUCCCAGUGUUCCAUCGCCGGGAUCUGUUCCCCCUGCCACGGGCCUGUUUGCUGGAGGCGCUGCAGCCGCCGGAAGUGCCACCCCGUCGACGCUGAGCGCCCUUGUGUCGCAGCAUCGGCUCCUGGAGCUCUCGCGGUUCAGCUUACGCGGAUACGACCUGGCCCAGCACAUGCUCACCCAGCAGGGCGCCGUCUCCAAGUUACUCGGUACUCUGCGACCACCAGGACUCAUUGGAGGCUCCAAACCAAAGGUAGCAACACCAGCUGUCGUCUCAAAAAUUGAACAGUACAAACGGGAGAAUCCCACAAUAUUUGCCUGGGAAAUCCGGGAGCGAUUGAUUUCGGAAGGUGUUUGCACCAAUGCGACAGCUCCGUCGGUGUCAUCAAUAAAUCGUAUUCUGCGAAAUCGCGCUGCUGAGAGAGCCGCCGCUGAAUUUGCCAGAGCCGCCGGCUAUGGUUUGUACCCGCCGCAUCCUUAUGGAGGAUUUGCCUGGCCUCCAACACACCUAUGGCCGCCAAAUGCGGCCAACAUGAGCGGUAUAACCCCACCAGGAUCCACCUCAAGUACUGCCGUUUCACCUGGAUCGUCUCACGAUACCGCCGGCUCACCCGACGGUAGCCGACUCAUCGGUAAGUCUAGCUUUGAAUUUCGCGACGGACUUCAUUUUUCGAAAAGCCUGCCUUUCUUCCAUGAAGACGUCGAGGGUGAAGACUCGGGCAGUCUGGAUGGUGAGCAGCCCAAGUUCCGACGCAAUCGUACCACCUUCAGUCCUGAGCAACUCGAGGAGCUAGAAAAGGAAUUCGAUAAGUCGCACUAUCCGUGCGUGAGCACCCGUGAACGUCUCGCAUCUCGGACAUCACUGAGCGAAGCACGAGUUCAGGUUUGGUUUUCCAACAGACGAGCGAAGUGGCGACGCCACCAGCGCAUGAAUAUCCUCAAACAGCAGUCGUCGCCAACGCCCCAAAGAGCCACCCCAAGCAACAACAGCACCAGCAAUUUCACCCCUACCGCGGUUCCGCCGGCCCCGGUGGCCGCCAGGGAAGCAUCCCCGGCGGCAGCAGCGGUGUCGGCAGCCGUAGCGGCAGCCACAAGCUUAGUCACAGCAUCCACGCCAUUAUUAAUGGGCGGCGAACAUAGCGCUUUUCGUACACUUGUGCCCUCGUCCGCGGCGGCACUCUUGGCCGCCUCGGCGUCACUUGGCCUCAGAGCCCCAUAUGGUGCGACCCUUCGUCCGGACUCCUCGUCCUCCGACGACGAAGAGAUCAACGUCCACGACGACGACUCUAAUGGCUCGGCAGCCGCCAAAAGCCGCUCAACGCCACUUCAGCUCACAACACACGAUAGACCCAACUAAAGUUAUUUAAAUUUCCCCUUUAACUAUUGGUUCUCUUCUGAGCUCUUUCCUCUAUUUUCCAUGGAAUUUUUGAAACUUGUAGAAGCAAACAAGAAAAUUACAGAACUUUAUGAAUUUAUUAAGUUCAGGUUUGUGGACCUUUGCCUGUUUAUUAAUAUUAUUUUCUUUAAUAAAAUCGACGAGAUAAAAAUCAAUUAUGGUAAGUGUAAAAUUUUAAAAGACCAAUGAUAAUUCUAAUUAGGUAAAAAAAUAUUUUGUGAUCACUAGGGGAAAGUACUCUUCCUUCGAACGUUCAUGCCUUCGAAUAAUGUGAAUUUUCUUUAAGUUUUCCUAAGAAAAAUAAACAUUUCUAUUAAAUAUUAUUUAGCUUCUUAUCAAUUAUUGAUAAUUAUGUGAAAAUCAUGUGGAAAUCUCUUAGGAAAAUAAAAGAAAAUUCACAUUUAUCGAAGACAUGAACGUUCGAAGGGAGGGUACUUUCACCUAUAGUCAUUCUCGAUAUUUACAAAAAGUGAAGACUUAUAUGCUUUUCCAAACAAUUUUACAAAAUAUUAUGAGCAACGCACAAUUGUUUUUGUUUGUUGAUAUCCUAUUGAUAUUUUAUCAAAAGGUAGUCAAACCUAGUUUCAGUCGUCUUUAGUCCCUUGAGCAUUUUCGUUAGUACGUUAACAAAAUUUAAUAUAUUGUGCGUAUCUCAUAAAAGACACGUGAAUAUUGCUCAUUCAAUAUUACAGGGGCACAAUUCUUGCCGCAAGAUUAAUUUGAAUUGAACAACAUUAAAAUUUACACUUUCUUUCCAAAACUUAAAAAAAUA